AUGGAGACCGCAGAUAUCAUUGUGAACAAUGACUCCGACAGCUCCGGCUCGAAUGACGAGUACAGCUCGCCUUCGACCUACGUGAUCCGAGCCCCCUCGGAGCUGGACGACCUCGACGUUCAACCGACCGCUACCAUAGCUUCGUCUCCACCCCUCGGCGGUUCUGUAGGGAAUCUCCCAGCUGGGUAUGCUGCAUCGUGGCCUGUACGUCCAGCAGGGCGACCUCGUGGAUCGAGUCUGGUGGUAAACCCGGCAUUUGAAAAUUUGCCCCUCUCGGAUGGAGUGGCUGUGUCCGAUCGUGACAUGAGGCUGCAGCGCCCGUCAGGUCCAGCAAGGACACCCUCGAACACAUAUGCCCCUCAGCGGCGCCCGCCACAUUUUAUUAAUCUUCAGAAUGACAAUCGUCGCUCGUCGUCUGCGAAACGUGGCUCCCGUCGCGACCCGAAUGCCCAAUACCGAGCCCAAGAGAAAGCUUACGUUCAACGAUUACGAGCGAAUCCGCAGGGAUGGUAUCAGCAAAUCGGUAAUUUCCAGGGUUUGCCUAGCAUAGAUUCAGACGUGGACGAUCCUUCUCCUUCUUCGGAAGUUCCCUUCGAGGACGAUCAAUAUGACCCUGACAUUCAACUAUUCCUUGCCGAUAAUGAUAGCCAGCCCACAUUCGAAGAGCUGAAGAACCCGAAAAACCAAGAGCGUCUAGAAUGGCAUGCAAUGUUGGCCUCCGUGCUAAAGGGUGACGUUGUCAGGCAAGAGAAACAAAGAUUGAUGGGAUCGACCGAGUCACGGCGAACUCUUGCUAUGAACAGCGAGAUUUGGCUAGGUGUUCGAGCAAAAACAUGUGGCCGAAGCGCUCCGCUGCAGAAAAAACUUAUCGAGGAUGCACGAUCUGGCCUCGGUCCACUCAUUGAAGAUAUCAUUAAUUUCCAGAUCAAGGGCGAAAAGGAAAUCGGAAAACCUGCUGUUGAACAGGUCGAGGAUGUUGUUGCUAAACUCGGCAAAUGCGAAUAUCUUUACCCAACAAGAAAAGAAAUGCAGACGGCCAACCCAAGAGCUGCCUCGGAGCAAUUCCGGGAUAGUUGUGAUGCUAUUAUGGCCUGGCACAAUACAACGCUUCUGAUCAAUACCGAAUUAGCCAUUCUUCAAAGCUGGGUCGGUAACGCCGAGCUCGAUUUCACCAAGCCACGAACAACAGUGUACAACGCUGAUCUUUCAGAUGACGGUUCAUUUUUGGAUUGUAUUAUGAAAGAAGAUGGUCUCAAGACCCUGCAAGGUAACCAUAAUAUGAUAGACGGGAUAGGCAAUGUCAUCAAUAAAGCGAAAAAUACACUCAUUGAGAACGCAGAAGCAUUCUCUAAACGCCACCUGCCUCCAUAUAUCGAGGAGCUUUUAACCCUCAUCAACUUUCCCUCAAGAUUGAUACUAGAAAUUAUUCGUGUUCGUCUUUCGUAUGCUAAGAAAAUGAAAGAUCCAGCUCAACAAUCGCCAAUUCUUGUUGAUCAGAUGAUUUCGCAGUUUCAAAUCCUUAUGAAAGUCGCUGUCGAUAUUAAGCAGCGUUAUCUUGUCAUUUCAAAGCCUGAACCUGGCUGGGAUCUUCCACCAUGUAUUGAUGAGAACUUCGAUAACAUCGUGGUGGAUGCUAUGAAGUACUACUUCCGGUUGCUCAAUUGGAAGUUGAAUGCCAACAAGAAUACGUUCAAGGAAGCUGAAAUCUUGGAACAGGAAUGGGGAUUCUCUAAUGAAAUCGGCCGUCAACUCCAAGGUGGUGAUAUCGAGGUUGCUGAACAGUUCAGCGCUUUAACUGCCAAGUCUUUGCAGCGACUGAUGAUUCACUUUGAGCGUGAAUUGUCACCUCGUGAAGAUGAGGACCCUCUUGAUAUGGACAAGCGAUAUAAAAGCACAUUGGACUCGACUCGCGUUCGACAACGGAAGCUUUACCGUUUCUCUCGCUUCCUUCGACAGCUUUUUGAAAACGCGACAGAGUACAAUUUCAGUGCAGAUAUUGCUGAGGAAUUCUUCGAGGCUUUGUUAAUCUCAGAUCAUUUUUUGAUAACUUCAAACGACUCUGUUGGGCAGAAAGGCGUAUAUUUGAUUGCCCACCACUCCUUGUGGAAUCAGCAUGUUGAUAUCCAAUCUAUUCUUGGAACUUCGUUCCGUGAAGAGGAUACCCCAAAAGACUCUUCCUUCUUCCCGUAUAUCCUGGUCAUCCGUCCUGAACGUCAAAUCUCGUGGGUUGGCAAGGUCAUGGAAGUAGAGGGCCUUGAGCAACCUACUGAUGUUCGCCUUGGAAAAUUACGUCUCGUCGCAGAUGGUACCCAACAACGGCUGGUGAACUCGCGGCUCGAGCUGGCGCAACUGACGAAUCUGAAUCUUGAUAUUGCUAUCGAGCAGCGAGCCAACUUAGGAAGAGUCAACGCUGAACUGAAUAAGAUCAAGAAAAUAUCUUUCAAGCUAUCUAUGACAAUUAUGAAUAGUGUUGCUAUCAUCAGGCAACAACUCAAACAAAUGGAGAUCGAGAAUACUGAGUUGAUCCAAGCUUGCUACGCAUUUGCAACGGAGUUUGGCAAACGAUCGUCAAGUUAUGUCGAUGCCAAUAGACGAGCUAUGAACAGUGCUCGAUUGGUCGACCUGUCUCUAGAAUGGGUAGCUUUUAUUUGUGACGACUGUGAUGCCUCCGAUAGAAAGACAUUCAAGUGGGCAGUCGCAGCACUUGAAUUUGCCAUGGCCAUCACCUCUAGCAAUCAUCUUCUUUCAAUGGAUGACACGCAAUAUUCUCAACUGCGAGUUAAAGUAGCUGGCUGUAUGUCAGUUUUGAUUUCUCAUUUCGAUAUUAUGGGUGCAAGGUCAAGCCUAGCAGCACAGGCUGAGAACAAACGCUUGGAUGAAUCCCGCACAGGUUCUAGGAGAUAUGGUGCGGGCAGAAUACUCAGUGACGAGGAAGCAACAAAGAUUGUUUGCGACCAGCGUCUCUCACACAUUGCUACAGUGGAAGAAUAUCGAGUUGAAGAGCACGCCAAACGGCAGGCCGUUGGCAAAGUUUUGGAAGGCUCGAAUGAAGCAGAUCGUUCGCUCACCGUCCUAUCUUCCUCUGCAACCAACGUUAACCUUCGCUGGCAGCAAGGCCAGUUCAUCGGCGGUGGAACAUUUGGCUCUGUAUACGCCGCGAUCAAUCUUGAUAGCAACUUCCUCAUGGCUGUCAAAGAAAUCAGGCUACAGGAUCCUCAGUUGAUCCCAGUGAUUGCACAGCAAGUCAGAGAUGAAAUGGGCGUCCUUGAAGUCCUUGACCACCCUAAUAUCGUCUCAUACUAUGGUAUUGAAGUUCAUCGUGAUAAGGUAUAUAUUUUUAUGGAAUACUGUUCUGGAGGGUCUCUGGCAGGUUUGCUCGAACAUGGUCGUAUCGAAGAUGAAACAUUCAUCAUGGUUUACGCAUUACAAUUGUUGGAAGGCCUAGCAUACCUACACCAAGCGGGUAUCAUCCACCGUGAUAUUAAACCCGAAAAUAUUCUCUUGGAUCACAAUGGAGUGAUAAAAUACGUCGACUUUGGAGCUGCUAAGAUCAUAGCACGUCAAGGUAAGACGGUUGCUAAUACUGAUGCUUUGACCAACACCCCCGGCGGCUAUAAAGACGGUAUGGGUGCAAAAGACCCCCAACGAAAGAACCAAAAGACCAUGACUGGUACGCCCAUGUAUAUGUCACCUGAAGUUAUUCGGGGCGACACGACAACUUUGAUCGAGCGCCAAGGUGCAGUGGAUAUUUGGUCCCUUGGUUGUGUUAUCCUUGAAAUGGCCACUGGCCGUCGUCCUUGGUCAUCGCUUGACAACGAAUGGGCAAUUAUGUACAACAUUGCCCAGGGAAAUCAACCUCACUUACCCAGUCGGGACCAACUAAGUGACAUGGGUAUUGAUUUCCUUAGCCGUUGCUUUGAGCGUGACCCCAUGAAGCGACCUACCGCAGCGGAACUCUUACAGCAUGAAUGGAUUGUGUCCAUCAGAAACCAAGUCGUCGUUGAGCCGCAGACCCCCAGCAGCGAUGGUGGGAGCCUGACUACAACUAGCUCGACUGUUAGCAGCCGCCACAACUCGAGUACCUUUUCGUAA